AUAAGAUUCAGUUUUUGAAGUGAUCUUACACUGAUCAGUUUGGAAAAAAAAUAAUAAUUUUCUUUAGAAAAUUUAAUUAAAUAAAGGAUAACAUAAAAAUGGCUAAAUUAUUAAUUGUUAUUAGUGCUUUAUUAUGCCUUCAGUUAGCUGCAUGCAAUGUUGUUAGACGUGAUGCUCCAGCUACAAAUACAUUAACAUUUGCUGAAUUAGCUGAAAAAGCUCAAACUGGUCUAAAAGAGGCUAAUGAUGAAUUUUUAAAAUUCUUCGGUUUUGAAAAUAAUGAUCAAGUUGUUGCUAAAAUUAAAAGUGAAACACAAAAACUUGCCACAACUGUUCAACAACAAUUUGAAGAAUUACAAAAACAUGUUAAUAGUGAACAAAAUCAGGAAAUCAUUUCUUCAAUUAAGGAUCAAAUCAACAAUUUAACAAGUAAUGUUGAUAUUGGAAAUGAUGCUAAAGCAGUUAACGAACAAUUCCAAACUAGUUUACAAAAGCUCGCUAAAGAAACUCAAAAAUUAGGACAAAAACUUCAAGUUGAAGGUAAAGAAAUAACACAAGACACAGAAAAAUUAUUCAAAACAAUUUAUGAUUCAACACUUGAUGCUGCUAAAAAAGUUGGAGAAGUUGCCAAAAAACAUUCUUAAUUCAUAACGAUGAAUGGAAAAUUUUAAAAUUAUAAUCUAGAAAAAAUAGCAAAAUUCCCGAAUAUUAUAUAAUAAUAGUAUUAUAUUAUUGUAUUUUAUAUAAGCAGAAAGAAAUUAUGAAAAUAUUAUGUGAUCAAAAUAAAAAUGACUAAAAAACGGAAAAAGAUUUAUUGAAAAUAAAAUUA